AUGGAAAAUGAAUCUUUUGAUUUUAGAUCGGAGUUGACUCUGGAUCCGUUCAUCAUCCCACCUGGAGGGAAGUUUCCCAUUUUUUUCCUCGGCAUUGCCAUUUAUUUGUUUGCCGUUUUCUGCAACUUGACUUUGUUGACUCUGAUAAUUCUGAAGAAGAACCUUCACAAGCCGAUGUACUCCAUCCUGUUCAGCCUUCCUCUCAAUGAUCUGAUCGGAAUAACCGCCAUGCUUCCUAAAGUCCUGUCAGAUAUUGUUACUGAGACGAAUAAGGUUUAUUAUCCUCUCUGUGUCUUACAGGCUUUUCUGCUGCACAUGUACGGUGGAGGAAUUCUGUUUAUUCUCGCAGCCAUGUCGUUUGAUCGUUAUGUAGCCAUCUGUAUGCCCUUACGCUACACCUCCAUCAUGACCCCCAGAGUGGUCAUCUUUAUCGUGUCUCUAGUUUGGGGUCUGGACUUUGUCCUGAUUGUGUCUCUAUUCUCUCUGCAGACCAGACUCCCCAGGUGUAGAUCUGUGAUCAUGAAUGUGUUCUGUGAUAAUCCCUCUCUGCUAAAGCUCACGUGUGGAAACACCUCCCUUAAUAACAUCAUAGGGCUGUUUAACACGGCUGUCAUGCAGGCUAUCAGCGUGUCUGUUCAGGUGUUCUCGUAUGUGAAGAUCCUGAUCACGUGUGUGGUUUCACGGAGGUCUGAAACGAAGGCCAAAGCUGUCAACACAUGUGUGGCUCAGCUGGUUAUAAUCAUUAUAUUUCAGAUUGUGGCAACUUUCACUAUUUUGUCUCACAGGUUUAAAAACGUCUCAGCUGACCUGCAGAAAAUUAUGGGCAUGUUGAUUUUUCUCGUACCUCCUCUUCUGAAUCCCCUUGUUUACGGGCUUUACACGAGUGAAAUACGAAACACGUUACUGACAGUCCUGAGAAAGACGAGAGUAUCUGUGUGAAUCUUUGUGUGUCUUUUUUUUACAGUUUUCACCAUCAUAUCAGUGUGUGCUAUUGUUACAACAACAAAAACAUGAAAUGCAGACAGAAACAAACAGCAUUUUAAAAGGCCUGACUGAUACUCUCAUUUGUGCACAAGCAUUGACUUACAGCCAGAACCGUCCAUCUGUUAUUUCAGAUUUAAUUCUUCAUAAAUACUGGAGUGAUAAAAAAUAAAUUGUGUGGGUUUAGGGUACUGUAUAUGUUACUUAUUACUUUAAUAGGAUCUGUUUCUGUUGUUACCUUUUCUUCUGUGUCUUGUGCAGUGA